AUGACGCGCGACUUGCACAUGUCCUACUUCAUCCCUCCUGGCCCUCCUCCCUCUCGCCUGAUGCCUUCGCGCAGUGCGCCAGGCAAGAAACGACAAAGUACGGGUGGACCACCCGCCAUUCCAUCGGAGCAUGCUACGCUUCUCGCCACGAUCGCGGACGAGGUCCGGGACAGCGGUCGUGUUCAGAGACAAGGACAGGAGGAGGAUUUGAGAGAUGCGCUGGGUAGGAUGAUGUUGCGUGUGGAGGAACUCUGCACGUUACUCAGGGCCUCCGCUGCGGCCAAGACCGAACUGGAGACCCAACUUGCGAUCGCACAGAGCAACCUGAAGAUGUCUCUCGCGAACAACGACAUGCUGGAAGACGCGCUCAAGCGCUCAUCGGCCUCUCAGGACGUUGGCUGGCGUCGAUCAGCAGCGACACCAACACCGGCGGAGCCGCCCGCUCGAGCCUCUCAUGACGAGUCCGCGCCAUCAGGCAGCCCGGUGAAUGCCGAAGACGAACAAGCGCCCCCUCCCACCGCCACCGUCUCCUCUGCGCCUGCGACGCAGGACAGCCGGUUCUUCCGAUUCCGAUUCUCAAGUGGGCGGACGACGCCACAGCCGCCUGGAUCACCGCCAUUGUCUGCGUCACGAUCCACACCCGGCCACUUGACAUCGGCCUCGCUACCUUCCCUCGUACCACUUGCCGCACCUGAAGCAAAUGCAAAAGAGCUCGAUGAGGCGAAAGCUGAGCUUGAACAGGCUCGUGCAGCACUUGUGGCGGAGCGUGAUGCGUUGAAGCGUGCGAUGGAGGAUAAACAUAAUUUGGAGGGAGAGCUCGAGAGCUUGAGCCAGGCAUUGUUCGAGGAGGCGAACAAGAUGGUCGCGCAGGAAAGAAUCAAGCGCGCCGAGGCUGAGGAGGAGCUGGGAGAAGCUCGAGCGGAGAAGGACGCGUUGAGAGCCGCGCUGAGACUGAUCGAGGAGGAACGGUUACGCGUAUCGGAUUCGGAGAACGAGAGGAUACACGCAUCACACUCCCGAACUUCGUCUCAGGUAGCGCUCAAAUCACCGACUUCGUCUGCAGAUCAUGCUGCAACGGAUUCAGACGAGGUUGAAGCGGUGCUAGUCUCGUCGCCUGGUUCACCUCCGUCAUCGGACCCCGGAGAGCUUGUCGAGACGCCUACCGAAGCUCCUGCAGACGAGCCGGCCGAGCCGAUCAAGCCACCGCCGAGAACCUCGUCAAUGUUCCUCAACGGUGUCACACUCGAGCCAUCACCGACAGUCACUCCAGAUGCAACUACACCAGAACCAGAGCAGGACAAAGCUCAGGCGAUGAUAUACGCGCCGAACUCCUCUGACUCUAUCGUCUCGCCAUGGGCCCAACGACCUAGCAAAUCGUCUGAGGACGUGCUGCCUCGUACCCCAUUUACGCCACCGCCGCCGGAUGAGGAUUCGCCAUGGCGAUGA